AUGACGGAGUUCAGAUGCAGGAAGGCUCUGGAUGAAGCUGCAGAAGAGGAUCAGGUCCAUGAUGAAGAGGACGAGACAAGAAAUGAAGAUUCUACUGCUUCAAAAGAGGAAAAUGAAGGGACAAGUGAAGAGCCAGACAAAGAGGCAGAGGGUUCUCUAAAACCAGAAGUCCCUGAACAGCCAGUGAAGAAAUGCAGAAGAUCCAGCCUCGUGCAGCGCCUGGUGCGGGGGGUUUCUGGCUCCGUGGCAGCUGUGGCCUGUGGCAUCCUCUACGCGGCUUAUCUGUCGGCUUAUCACGACAGGAAGUUCUGGUUUUCAGCUCGACAGGAGCUGGAGAGGGAGAUCACGUUCCAGGCUGGCAGUGGAAUGUAUUAUUAUUACUACAAGCACAUGUUAGCAGCUCCUUCGUUUCAGAGAGGGUUCUAUGAGUUAACCGUAGAUAACAGAACGCAUCACCUACAAACUCUUCGACAGUGA